CCGGGCAUUUAAAGGGGACGCGGCCGCGGCCCGGGGGGAUGGGGGUCAAGUGGAGGGGACAGCUCAGAAGCACAUCAUCCACGGUCCCUCUGGACUGGAGGGACUCGUGAGCCGAAGCCAAGAAAUCCGGGGGUGGAUAAGACACCGCGUCCCCUUCCAAUUCCCGUAAGCACCGCUUACUCCAUCCUGCGCCUAAAUACCUUACCUAGACCCCCUCCCCACUCCUUACACUUCAAACUCUGCCGGGACAGAGCUCUGCCGCCACUGUUACCACCCUGAGAGAGAAACUUAGAGAUCCUGACCUUCUGGAGACCCUCUUGGUGACCACAAGGAUUUGAUCACUCAGGACAAAGCUGCGAGAGGAGCUCUGCAGAACAGCUGGAGGCCAACAGAGUCCCUAGAGGCGGUGAUGAUGAGUGGGUGUCUUUCAGUUGCUGGCCUCCGAUGCCUGACUAGGGACAGCGGGAUGGCUGCUCAAGGCACACCGCGCUUCCUUUUGACCUUCGACUUCGACGAGACCAUUGUGGACGAAAACAGCGACGACUCCAUCGUGCGCGCUGCGCCGGGCCAGCGGCUGCCCGAGAGCCUGCGAGCCACCUACCGCGAGGGGUUCUACAACGAAUACAUGCAGCGCGUCUUCAAGUACCUGGGUGAGCAGGGAGUGCGGCCUCGGGACCUAAGCGCUAUCUACGAGGCCAUCCCCCUGUCUCCGGGUAUGGGAGACUUGCUGCAGUUUGUGGCCAAGCAGGGCUCCUGCUUCGAGGUUAUUCUCAUCUCGGAUGCCAACACCUUUGGUGUGGAGAGCGCUCUGCGCGCCGCCGGCCACCACAGCCUGUUCCGCCGCAUCCUCAGCAACCCAUCUGGGCCUGACGCUCAGGGACUGCUGGCGCUGCGGCCCUUCCACACGCAUAGCUGCACGCGCUGCCCAGCCAACAUGUGCAAGCACAAGGUGCUCAGCGACUACCUGCGCGAGCGGGCCCACGAUGGUGUGCACUUCGAGCGCCUCUUCUACGUGGGCGACGGUGCGAAUGAUUUCUGCCCCAUGGGGCUGCUGGCGGGCGGUGAUGUGGCCUUCCCGCGCCGCGGCUACCCCAUGCACCGCCUCAUUCAGGAGGCACAGAAGGCCGAACCCAGCUCCUUCCGUGCCAGCGUGGUGCCCUGGGAAACGGCCACCGAAGUGCGCCUCCAUCUGCAACAGGUGCUGAAGACUUGCUGAGCACUGCCGCUAGAGGGGGCGCCCGGGGCAAGAGCGGGGAGGAAGGGCGGGGAGGGGAAACUGGGAAAGACAAACCUAGUUUUACUACUCCCUUUCCCCUUUGGCUUUACUAUGUCCCUCCGGAAAUUUCUGGAAUUUCGUUCAUUUGGGGGCCGGGAGAGGAGUUCGGAACGGUCCCUAACUAUGCAGUUAACCCAGAUCGGCUGCUGUCCCCUGCAGCAAACCCUUUAAUUCUGGAGUCUGGUCCUUGGGGGAGUGGCGUGCAUACCUUUUGAAAGAUAGCAGUGUUUCCAAAACCCAUGUGCUCUGAACUGGGAGGUGGGGGCUUCUUGACAGAUAAGAAAAGGAACACCUCCCACUGCUUUAACUGCUGCCUCGGGCUGCGUAACCUCCCCUUCCCCCAGUCUUUCCUCAAGGGGGACCCAGGAUUCCAAAUUCCUCGGGGCACCGGACUCUCCGUGGAGACAGAUGAUCCUCUCUGCUGACAGCUCCAGGCCUCCUGGAUCUUGCUUCAGCCCCGGAAAUCUCACUAUUUCUGUGCUCGCAACACCUUGCCGCCCCCCUCCUACCCGGUCAGCACCUCUAUACGGUAAAAAAGAAAAAAGGAAAAAAAAAAAAAAAAAAGCCAGCAGGAUAGUCGCCUCCUAGUGGUGGAGUGAGGUAGCACACCGUCCACCUCAGGUUAACGCCUGCCAGGGACUUCGCUGCGUGUCUCCUUGCAUCCCAGCGUCGUCUAUGCAUCAAGAGCCCAGGGACUUCACCAAAGUCGUCCUCCACGUCCCCCUCCUUCCAUAUGGAACAGGAAGCCAUGAUGUUUUUAAGCAGAGCCAGGGAAACCCAAGCCCCUUCUCCCUCUGGUGUUUGAGAACUAUAAAGGAGGUGAAGGGGGA